GGAACAGGAGGAGAUAUUCCACUGGGAAUGAAGCGCCUCCCCUUUAAUCGCUCGGUUGAGUUUCUCUCCCUUCACUCGCACGUUUGCCGUCAGUCGCUGGAGGAACUCUGGUGGAUCUCACUGCAUGUGCGUUGUGGUAGAAGAGAAAGAGGAGCCGUUUCUCUGUUUUUGCGAGCUUCUGUGGAUUGAAAAGUGGAAGGUUUUGUCACUCUUUUGUGUCGUUUUGCUGCCAUAGACAUGAAAAAACGCGGAAUAAAGCGUUCAAAGUGGCUGAAGGACUGAAUUGGUUUGCCUCCUGCUCUCACUCCAACACACAGCAGCACAUUUGGAAACCGGGCUGCGAUGGCCAAGUGGCUGAAAGACUACCUGAGCUUUGGCAGGAAGGUUCCUCCUCAGCCGCCCACUCCGGACUACACAGAGAGCGAGAUCCUCAAAGCUUAUCGGCUCCAGAGGGACCUCGACUUCGAAGAUCCCUACGAAGACCCCGAAAACAGAUCCAGGGGAGAGUCUGGGACGUCUGAUCCAGCCACACCGGUUUACGGAUCCCCCAUGAAGUCAUCUGGAGUGGACAUGAAGUCUCCCAAACACAGACUGAUCAAAGUGGACUCCCAGGAGUUGGGACGCACCAAGAUCCUCCUCAGUGCCAUUUCUUUAGAGGACCAGCAAGAACCCGUGGUGCCGUCUGCUCCGCUGGCGGGCGACACUGAUUAUUCGGACCCGUUUGACGCUCGACUGGACCACCGGACAGAACCGGAUCUCAGACCCGUUCCCUGUGAGAACAACGGCUACAUGGAGCCAUAUGAAGCUCAGAGGGUCAUUACAGAACUGCAGCGUGGCACAGCAGGAGGACGUGCACGAGGAGGGGUGCAGCUCUACGACACCCCCUAUGAAGACGAGCGAGGCCAGAGAUUGGGUUUGAUGUACGGAGAAGCUCAGGAGGAGGGCAAGGAGAGCAGCAGGCUGCCGCAAGACGACGAGAGACCGGCCGACGAGUACGACCAACCCUGGGAGUGGAAGAAGGACCACAUCUCCAAAGCCUUUGCAGAAAUGAGGGAGAUGUCGGAGUUGCCCUGGCCUGCCCCGGUGGGUCAGCUGGAGGAGGAGCCCCCCGCCAGAGAGCAAGUGCAGUUCGAUGGCGCAGAGUGGGAUCGAUCCUCGUCGCCCACGGAGCGGUUGCGUCCGCCGGGGCCCAGGUCCAGCCCGUUGGCAGGCGGCGGGAUGAAGUUUCGAAUGCCACACGAAGGCCUCGCAUUGGUGGGGGAGCGAGUGGACCCGAGUCUGCCUCUGGAGAAGCAGGUGUGGUACCACGGUUCUCUGUCACGUUCGGAGGCAGAAUCGCUGCUGACGCUGUGUAAAGAGUGUAGCUACCUGGUGAGGAACAGUCAGACCAACCGCUCCGACUACUCGCUGUCUCUACGGAGCUGCCAAGGUUUCAUGCACAUGAAAUUCACCCAGUGUAAAGAUGGAAAGUACAUUCUGGGACAGAACAGCCCCCCAUUUGACACCAUCCCAGAAGUCAUCCACUUCUACACCACACACAAACUCCCGAUCCGAGGCGCCGAGCACCUUUCCCUGCUGUUCCCUGUGCUGGUUCAGACUCUCUGACUGACCUGGACGCUCCUCCAGGAUUUCAGACACUGAAAGCAUGAAUGUUUGACGGGAUCUUCCCAGUGCUCUCUUCUUGUUUAACUGGACUACUUUUGAUGAGGGUCUCAUGCCCUCACCCACCACUGCUGUCAUACAUGUGCCAAGUGUCUCUAGCAUCCGGGGGAUCGAUUCACAGGAAAUGCAAUACCUGAGCUUUAGGCACCUUUGCUGUAACUCUCCUUUUCAUUCUCCUUGCUAAACCAAGGGGGCUGACUUCAGGACAUCUAUAAUUUUCCAUUUUAUUGCAUUUUUUCCCCCAGAAAUGCAGCGGAUUUAGGCAGAGCUGGAACUGGGAGAAAGUCUGAAAUUUCUGAAUGUACUGGUCCCCCAGUUUGAAGACGACUGGCAGAAGACUGAGAUUAAAUUACUGCUGUUCCACAGAAACCACCUCAUUGCCACUGGUGAAAAUAUUGCUGUUGCUAGGUGAAAACCUUGCAAGUCAUAAUCAGGGUUUUCCCGACCUUUAAGUGUUAGUAGCAACAUCUAAAUGGUUGAAUGAACAGAAAAACUGUACUGAGAGUUCACCACUUUGGAGGCAAGUGGCAACGUCAUCACUUUGAUUACAGAAUUAGUUGUUCAAAUAUUGUCUUGGAGUAUUCUUAUUUUGUAGCCUUAAAGAUGGAGUUUGCAAUUCUGGAGAAAGAUUUUGAUAUUUAGAAAAUUAGCAUAUUUAGCUAGCAUGUAACAGAUUCCCUCUCUUGAGAUAUUUCUAUAUGGACUAAAGUGUUAAGUGUAUUGAUCAUUUACAGAUCCAAGGCAAUGUGCGUACAAGAAUAUGGCCAAAAUGACAAUCCUAAUUAUUUUGAUUUAUAUUUAGAUUAAAAUAUUUAUUGCAAUUGUUCAUUGAAAUAUUUUUUUCCAUGUUCACAUACAAAAUAACACAUUGCUACUUUCACUUCAUUGUUGUGCUACACUCAUGCUAAUGUACAAGUUUAUGCAUCAAAAACAUAUUUAAAGAUGAGGUUAUUCACGUUAACUCAAAAUAUAAAUUUAAUUUUACCUAUUUAAAGAUCAGGUUAUUCACAUUAACUGAAAAUAUAAAUUCAAUUUUACCUAAAUAGCCUCAAUUGCUUCACAUCUGCUACCCGACAGAUGAUGCAAUUUACCAAUGUUCCCUACACGCUUCGUAUGCAGGCUUCAGCGGAUGCUAGCUAGGCAGCUGUGCACAGAGAAGCUUCUAGUCUACACUCAGUUACUGCAGCUCAGACAGAUAUUUGACCAAAAAUUAUUUUGAAAAGAGUGAAAUGAGGUGUUCUAAUGUCAGAUUUACCCAGUUGGAAACCAAAUGUUUUUGUCUAUGUGGGCUGUUGUCUAUGAAUCGAGCAAUUUCACAGUCGUUUGUAUUAAUUUAGUUGUGAGAAGCUAAAAUCAUGAUUCAUACUUGAUUAGUUGUGCAACGAUGACAAACAUCAGAUUUUAUUUUCAGCAUACACAGAACAGCUGACAUUUGCUGGAAUCUGUACUGAAUCGGAAUUGCCUACUCCACCUUUAAUGCUGCUAGGCUAACCAGCGCUAGGGAUUCUUUCUGAAUAAAUCAGAACUAAAAGUUUAUGAUUAGCCCAGUUUAAGCUGCAGGAGACCGUGAAUGCUCCUGCAAUGUGUUUUGCUGCCGCAGAGGAAAUAGAUUCAUAAUGAGCAGGGAGAAAAUCAGCUAUCGAAGAUGAUGAGCUCAUAAAAAAAACUGCCCAAAAAUGCUAAUGCACCCCCUCCACACACAGCCCCGGGCCUCUCCAGAAUACCGAGGGAAAACUCUGAUGUUGUGCUGAUUUUUCAUGUUUGUACCAGAAUCAAUAAAUUAAAUUGUACUGCAUAAGAUGAGAAAACUUUUUCGCCCUCAGGCUGGGGAAGACCCUUUUGUAAAAUGCUGGAAAUUUCAUGUUGCAGAAAACAAUGCUGUUUAUGUCACAAAAAAAAGAAAAAAAAAAGCUAUUUUCAAAGAUGUAAGGUUUCUACCAACAGCAGUUAUAUUUCAAAUGCUUUUCUACACACAGUCGCACCUGUUUAUUUCCAUCCGGUCUGUUCUUUACUGUUUGCUGAGGAUUUGCUUGACACAUCUCCGUGUUACUUGUUGAUUGUACAUCAUAUGCAACAAAGAAGUUGUGUUGUAUUGGUACUUGUGUCAACAUUUCUGACCUUCUUUUCUCAUUGCUCGCCUACGUUGCAUUUUUAGACAAUGCUGGGUUUGGUAAAAGCAAACAGUCACUGCUGUUAUUGUCUCUUGACUUAUAGAUAAGAUAAGCUCAGGAGCUGUAGGCUACAUGUGAAGCAAAGAGAAUGAACACUCAAACAAACCCUCAAACCUUCUCAGUGUUAUUUAUUUGAGUGCAGAUGCUAGUCGUGAGUUGUAUUUGAGUUAAAGGCUUGCCAUCUGGAAUGGUUUCUGCUGCCUGGUUGCAGCAUUGUGUUGGUGAAAAGUGACAUCAGAAGUGACUAAAUUAAUUAAAAUCAAUGUUUCUAUAUCCCAGCAUGAAAUAUGGCAGGUUUCAAAACGUACCUGCUGCUAAAGUGUUCAAGUUUAAUGUGUAUUUUCAUAAAGAUCUUUCGUUCCCAAUCUGAAGGAGGAUUUAGAAAUAAUAAAAAACAAAAUUGCGAUACUCAA